GAAGAAACUUCCACAACACAACCGUCUGAAACAACUGAAAAACGAUAUUCGUCACAAGAAAAAAGCAUUGCUGGAGGGGAAGAACAAGGUGUUGUUUCUGCCCGAAGUGUUGAAUCGCUUACAAAAAAAUUGGCUGAAGUGGUUGAACCACAGUACUACUCGUUACGACAAAGAAGUAUUGCUCGAGCAGAAGAACAGGGUACCGUUUCUAUCCAAAAUGAAGAAACUUCCACAACACAACCGUCUGAAACAACUGAAAAACGAUAUUCGUCACAAGAAAAAAGUAUUGCUGGGGGAGAAGAACGAAGUACUGUUACUGCGCGAAGUGUUGAAUCGCUUACCAGAAAAUUGGCCGAAGUGGUUGAACCACGAUAUUCGUUACGACAAAAAAGUACUGCUUGGGCAGAAGGACACGAUGGUGUUGUUUCUAGUCGAAGUAAGGGAUCAUCGAUCACAAUAAAGCCACAAGAAAUAACAGAAACACGAUAUUCGUCACGAAUACGAAGAAGUGCUGCUGGAGGAGGAGAACAAGGUAUUGUUUUUGUCCAAAAUGAAGAAACGUCCACAACAAAAUCGCCUGAAAUAACAGAAAAACGAUAUUCGUCACAAAUACGAAGAAGUGCUGCUGGAGGAGGAGAACAAAGUAUUGUUUUUGUCCAAAAUAAAGAAACGCUCACAACAAAAUCGCCUGAAAUUGCUGAAAAACGAUAUUCGUCACGUGAAAAAAGGUAUGCUGCUGGGACAGAAGAUCGCCACGAUGACUUUUCUAUUCAAGCUGAAGAAUCAUCGAUCACAAUAAAGCCAUCUGAAAUGACUGAAACACGACAUUCGUCACGAUUGAGAAGUACUGCUCGAGCAGAAGAAGAUUCUGUUUCUGUCCAAAAUGAAGAAAUCUCCACAACAAAAUCGCCUAAAAUAACAGAAAAACGAUAUUCCCCACGUGAAAAAAGGCAUACUGCUGGGGCAGAAGAUAGCCACGAUGACUUUUCUAUUCAAAGUGAAGAAUCAUCGAUCACAAUAAAGCCAUCUGAAAUAACUGAAACACGACAUUCGUCACGAUUGAGAAGUACUGUUCGAGCAGAAGAAAAUUCUGCUUCUGUCCAAAAUGAAAUUUCCACAACAAAGCCACUAGAAUUGGCUGAAGCACGAUUCUCGUCACAAGAAAGAAGCAUUGCUUGGGGAAAAGAACAAGAU